UGAAACAAGUGUAGAGAGUGUCAAAAGUAAAGAAAGUGAAACAAGUGUAGAGAGUGUCAAAAGUAAAGAAAGUGUAGAGAGUGUCGAAAGUAAAGAGAGUGUUGAAAGUAAAGAGAGUGUUGAAAGUAAAGAGAGUGUUGAAAGUAAAGAGAAUGUUGAAAGUGAAGAGAGUGUCAAAAGUGAAAAAAGUGAAGAGAGUGUCAAAA